AAACACAUUACACACAUACUCACACACAUUCCAGCCAUUAUGAGACUAACUUAAUCCACAGUCACCAGUCUUUCUGUUUUACUCUAAUGCUAGGAAAUGCCAUGGAAUUGACUGAAUUUGUCUUCAAUCCGAAGGAGGGAGUAGACAAUCCAGCCAUGGUCGUUUCUGAAGAUCCUGUGAAGUUUAGUGGCCCCGUGCCCCGGGUGUGCAUGCUGAAAAAAGAAGAGGGAGAGAAUUUCGGCUUCCACCUGCGCUUGGAGAAAGGACGACAAGGCCAUAUAAUCAGGCAGGUGGAAGUAUUAGGGGUGGCCGAGAAGAGUGGACUGAGAGACGGGGAUCGCCUUCUGGAAGUCAAUGAACAAUUUGUGGAUGACAUUGACCAUAUGGAGGUUGCUCGCAUGAUCCAGACGAGUGGGCCUCAGCUGUGCUUUCUGUUGCUGAGCAGUGAUGAAUAUGAGCAGGCUGUGGCUCAGGGCUGGAACCUGAAAGAACUGAGCAAAGCUCAGCGUGGUAAGGAGUGGAAUCCUCCGCGUCUUUGCUACAUCAAGAGAAGUGCAAGUGGCCUGGGCUUUAGCAUUCAUCCUGUGGAAGGUGAAAAAGGGAAGUUCUAUAUAAAUCCAAUAGCAGGAGGCCCUGCUGAGAAAGCAGGACUGAGAAAAGGAGACCGCCUGGUUUGGAUCAACGGUGCCAUGGCUUGUGAACUCACGCAUUCUGCUAUGAACAAGAUGGUAAAGAAAUGCAACAAUCACAUAACUGUGUUGGUGAUAGACAGCAUGAGUGAAAAGAGCUACAUCCACAGGAAGAUGGCCAUUCUACCAGCCAUGGCUGAUGCCCACAGCAUGCCAUACAAACCCAAAAGAGUACACCUGAUACAGGGUCCAGAUGGAUAUGGCUUUCUGCUAAGGCAUGAAAAAAUUUCAACAGGACGCAAAGUUCAUAUAGUGCGGGACGUUGAUGCAGGCAGUCCUACAGAAUUUGCAGACAUUAAGGAUGGGGAGAUCUUGUUGGAGGUGAAUGGGGAGUCUGUUGAUCAUCUGUCUCAUGAGGAAGUUGUCAGCAAAGUCAAGAGUGGGCAGCAAGUCAGCUUCACUACUAUGACCUUAGAAGGCCAAGAUUUCUACACUAAGCUGGGUCUGUCUCCCUUGCUGUUCUGUGAAGAUCAUUAUUCUGGAAAGGAGCAGCAGGAGAAGUCAACUUCACAGGAACAGAGUCCAGCAAUUUUAGUGUCCUCAGUUGACGCCCAGGAAGAGCAGGAUGUCGAGCCCAAACCAAGACUGUGUGUGCUACAGAGAAGUCCUGUGGGAUUUGGCUUCCAUUUGGGUUGGGUCCAACAGAAACCUGGCACAUUUAUCAACCGGGUGGCCCCUGGAGGUCCAGGAGAAAGUGCUGGCCUCCUGCAAGGUGAUGUUCUAGUGGAGGUGAAUGGACAGAAUGUAGAGGAGGAGUGUCUGGAAGAUGUGAUUUUACUUAUGAAGAAGGGAGGUGACUCUCUCUCCUUGCUAGUGAUGGACAGAACAGGUUAUGAGUGGAUGAAAAAAACUGCAAUGCCGAUCACAGCUAAAAAAGUAACAAAGGCCUCUCAGGAAGUACAUAACCAUGAGAGCUCAUCUCCCACACAGCAGUCAAAUCCUGACGAGUAAUGCAAGUUCCUUCCUGAGGAAUUGUAAAAUGUAUUUGGAUCUACAGAACAACAAUGAUGGGAAACAUAUAACAUUACUGGAUUGGAAUUUAAGAAGACUGUUGAUAAAUAAAUCAUGGCUCUUUUUGUUAGAGCAGUGCUUAUUACCUGUUCUUUUGCUGUUGCUAUUUAAAUAAUGCAUGUACAAUGCAACAAUUAUUAAAGGAAACCACAUAGUAACUCUCAAAACUGUCAAAAUACACAAGACAUAUCCAACUAAUGCAUUCUGUCAUACCACCAACCUUAUUUUCAGUUUACUCAGCUUUCAUUCAUUUCAGCAAAAAUAAUUCCUGCAGUUUUAUACACAAAGUAUUACAUUUUAUUACUUAUUUUCUGUGUUGUAUAAAAAAUAGAAGCAGUGAAUUAAAAUCCAUCAUGCCACCAUAAUUUGCUAUUAAGUCUAUGCAGGGAUCUCCUCUGUACGGUUGUCCAACGUAUCCAAAAUAAAUCAGUGGGUCGGCUAUGCUAAGGUGUAAAUGUGUGACUGCAUAGCACUUUGGGAUGGACUGCUUUCUCAUCAAAAUCCUGAGAUAAAAUCCAGAUUAAAAAAUCUUCAGUGCA